UAACCAAGCACGCCCUUACCUUCCCCCAGCUCCGUCCUCAUCUACUGUGUCCUUCCCUCCUCCAACCUGGUCCUGUAUUUGUAGGUUUACUUUACAAUUGGUUUCUCCUUAGCCUCCAUUUCUCUUAGAUCUAAAUUUCUCAGAGCUUUGAUGGAGGGUUAGGACUUAGGAUGUGUGGAUACAUGUAUGUCAGUAUAUUACCCUUUUUUAGUUCCCAGUUUCAGUGAAUCGGCUUUCCCCACCUGUGUUCUUAAUACCGCCAUUUUCUGACUCAAUCUUCGUCUGAUUGAGACAGCACUUGCGUGUGAUUCGCUCACCGAGAGCUCUAUAUCUCAGUUUUGCUAGUGAUCGUUUCUUCUGAAUCUUCUUUUGGUUGCGAUUACUAAUAGUUUACAAAGAUUUAGGGUUUAUUUGCAUCUCAUACUCUGGAUAAUAAUAAUAAUAAUAAUAAUAAGGAAAGAAAGAAAGCGCAGUAUAUAUUGGGAGAAAACAGAAUUUUUCAUUCUACCUCAUUUUACUGAUAAACUAAGUUAGAAGUUUCUAGAUUAUCUCCUUGAAUAAUGGAUAAAAAAAAGGUCGCGGUUCCGCUCGUUUGCCACGGCCAUUCCCGUCCUGUAGUGGAUCUUUUUUACAGUCCUGUCACGCCCGAUGGAUUCUUCCUCAUCAGUGCAAGCAAGGAUUCUAGUCCCAUGCUCAGAAAUGGAGAGACUGGAGAUUGGAUUGGAACAUUUGAAGGGCACAAAGGUGCCGUAUGGAGUUGCUGCUUGGAUACAAAUGCUUUACGUGCUGCAACUGCCUCUGCUGAUUUCUCAUCGAAAGUUUGGGAUGCAUUAACAGGAGAUGAAUUACACUCGUUUGAGCAUAAGCACAUUGUUCGUGCAUGUGCUUUUUCUGAGGAUACACACCUUUUACUCACUGGAGGAUUAGAGAAAAUUCUCCGCAUCUAUGACUUGAAUCGUCCCGAUGCACCACCCAGAGAAGUUGAGAAGUCCUCUGGUUCUAUCAGAACAGUUACAUGGCUCCAUAGUGACCAGACAAUAUUAAGUUCUUGUACCGAUAUGGGAGGUGUCAGGUUAUGGGAUAUAAGAAGUGGUCAAAUAGUCCAGACACUUGAGACCAAAUCAUCUGUGACUAGUACUGAAGUGAGCCGGGAUGGUCGUUACAUCAUAACUGCAGAUGGUUCUACUGUUAAAUUUUGGGAUGCAAAUUACUACGAGUUGGUGAAGAGUUAUGAUAUGCCUUGCACUGUUGAAUCAGCCUCAUUGGAACCUAAACAUGGGAAUAAAUUCGUUGCUGGGGGAGAAGACAUGUGGGUUCGUGUUUUUGACUUCCAUACUGGCAAUGACAUUGCAUGCAACAAAGGCCACCAUGGUCCUGUGCACUGUGUGCGUUUCUCUCCUGGGGGUGAAUCAUAUGCCUCAGGAUCUGAGGACGGAACCAUUAGAAUAUGGCAAACUGGCCCUUUGACCUAUGAUGAGUCAGAGUCUAUGUCUGCAAAUGGAUCACUUGCAAAGGUGAAGGUUGACGCAGACGAGGUUUCUUGCAAGAUUGAGGGCUUGCAUAUUGCAGAGGAGGGGAAAUCCGAGGAAAAGAUAGAGGCGGGGGACGAAUAAUGAUCCUAAUAAAGUCGGUCGUUUUGGCUGGCAGGGUUAUCAUAUCAUAGACAAGUACCUACUUUUACACAGGUUUGGCAAGCUAAAUUUUGUAAAUUUUUGUUUACAUUGGUCAUUUCCUGAAUCGAGUGAUCUUGUUCCACCCAGUUUGCAAUACGCUUGGCCUUUUUCUGCAUUUAACUCUUCCAUUGGGGCUUAUGGCGUAUAGGAGAUAACCUAGCAUUCUAAUUGUUAAAAAUUAAUAACAUGGUAAUGGCUUGAAUCUUCUGAUGUGACCAAAUCAGGAUUUGAGUUGGAGAUGCGAUAUGCAGAAUUCUGCAAUGACAGUUCAACUUUCAUGCUAACCCAGAUUUUCUUCCCCGGUUUUGUGGAUCGUUUCUUCAAUCAUCCACCAAUCCAUAUGUAAAUUUGUGAAUGACAAUAUCAGUGGUCCAAAACUAAAAUCAUAGUUCAUCACUUCA